AUGGAUUUACAUAUCAUAGUUGAGGCCGUCCCUCAACUUGAAGAUAACAUAAUUCCAUCGAAGAAAAAAAUUUCAUUCCAGUCAAUACUGAAUAAAUUCCUGUUCUUUUUAUUAGGUUCUUCAGUAACGUGUUUGGGAUCUACAGGAAGAUUAACCUCUAAAGCAUUUGGAACAGCAGAUUUUAUCUCGGAUUGUUUCUCAGUGUACAUAUACUUAAAUCUGGCAGCGUUCCUUGUGGUCUUAUUAUUCAUUAAAUGCAGUUACAGAAAGGCAAUAAUAUCAGGAUGGCUCUGUUUAAUGCUACACGUUUCCUACAUAUUAAUUGUUCUUCUAAGUUCUGGAAAUUUAGCAAAAGGUUUAUACAUAUCAGUUUACGGAGGAAUCGCUAUUCUUGAAGCCUUCUUAAUUCAAUCUAAUUCAUUCGUCGUUUCUGAGUACUAUUCACCCUCUUUAUUCUCAAAUUUAUAUUCUGGAUACUAUGGAGGUCUAGGUAUUUUCUCUCUUAUUCAAACCAUUUUCCAAAGGGCUGUUGGAACUAACACCCCCAAACAAGCCAAGAUCUGUCUUCUCUUAACACAUGGAUCCUUUACCAUAAUUGUUUUUUGUGCAGUCAUUGCACAAUCAAUUAUUUACUUCAAGAACCGUGUUGAUUUAUCCCCUAUUUACGCCCCAACCAAAUCAUCCUGGGUUACAAAGAUCAAGGGGAUGUAUAGAGUAUUUCUUUCCCUGCCAAAGUACAGUUCUAGAUUUCUGGUCUUCAUAUUGUCAGAUUUAUGCAAAUGCGCAUUCUUCCAAGUGUUCAUUCCAUACAGAAUGCUUUUGAAUGACAGUCAACUUGCCAUAGUUUUCUUUGUCGACAACUUCUCAGAUAUAAUUGGAAGAUCUAUUGCAAGUUCAACCAACGAUACUGUCGUUACAAAAGGAACUGUGACAAAUCACCAGAAAUUUCUGUACAAGAGAGACCUACCUUAUCUGUUGAUACCAUGUUUUUCAUGGGUAAUUUGCUUCCUAGUCGUAUGGGGAACUUGGACCUUAAAAUCCAGGUUUCUCACUGAAUUCAUGACCAUUUUAUUCACGACACUCUUAGUUUGCUUUUCUAUGGGUUACUGCUCAACUAAAGGGGUCAACGGCUGCAUUCCCGUUCUUGAAUAUUACAAAAAUAUUGGAACUGGCGGGAAGAGUAGACUGGUUGACGAGAAGAAUUACAGCUAUGUAAAUGACUUGAACAACUUUUUGAUUAAGUUUCUAUGGAUGGUGUUUUUUAUCGUAGUUUAUUUCUUGGCUCAAAUUAUGGAAAGGUAUCAAGCAACUGAUCACUAUCAACAUCUGAAGACUUUAUUGUAA